GGUUGCCAGGCGACGGAGGCAAUGCCAGGCCCGCCUAAUGAGGAGGGCGCAGACUGAAGGCUGCUGAAAUAGCUGUAACAACCACGCUUUCUAUUGGCUGAAAAGUUCGCAGCAAUCGCCAUUAGCCAAUGAGAAGGUGCAUGCGGAUGACGUAAGUCGCUAUGCGACUCCUCCCAGCCACGCUCUAGCAACGCGUCUAGAGACCGCGGAGCCACAAAUAGGACCCUCAGAAGUCUCUACUGCCUCAUGUGCAGACUGCAGCUCGUGCUCCUGCAGGUGUUCUUCCUGAUGUUCCCUGAGAAUGCCCAGCCUCAGCCCUCUUCCUCCUCGUCAGCGGCAGUGCCCACCUCUCCGGACCUGGGGCCAGGGACGCUGGGCUGGACCGUCCAGUCCUCCUCCGAGGGGACUGCAACUCCCCCGGAUGUACUUGGGAUCUCUACUGUGGGCCCUACUCUCGUGACCUCCUCGGCGCCUAGGAAUAGAACUGUGGAAGUUUUCCCAGUCUUACCGGUCUGUAUCUGUGACCUGACUCCUGGUACCUGCGAUAUAAAUUGCUGCUGCGACAGGGACUGCUAUCUUCUCCAUCCGAGAACAGUUUUCUCCUUCUGCCUUCCUGGCAGCUUAAGAUCUUCAAGCUGGGUGUGUGUAGACAACUCUCUUAUUUUCAGGAGUAAUUCCCCGUUUCCUUCAAGAGUUUUCAUGGAUUCAAAUGGAAUUAGGCAGUUUUGUGUCCAUGCGAACAACUCAAAAUUAAACUAUUUCCAGAAGCUCCAAGAGGUUAAUGCAACCAACUUUCAGGCCCUGGCUGCAGAGUUUGGAGGCGAAUCAUUCACUUCAGCAUUCCAAACCCAGUCACCAUCAGCUUUUUACAGGGCUGGGGACCCCAUUCUUACUUACUUCCCCCAGUGGUCUGUAAUAAGCUUGCUGAGACAGCCUGCAGGAGUUGGAGCUGGAGGACUCUGUGCCGAGAGCAAUCCUGCAGGUUUCCUAGAGAGUAAAAGUACAACCUGCACACGUUUCUUCAAGAACCUGGCAAGUAGCUGUACCUUGGAUUCAGCCCUCAAUGCUGCCUCUUACUAUGACUUCGCAGUCUUGAAGGUUCCAAGAGGUAUGGCUGAUCUGCAGAAUAUGGAGUUCCAGGUUCCUGUAACAGUUGUCUCGCAGGUUGGUCCUCCUGUGUUGGCUGGAAACACUUGUCAGAAUGUUGUUUCCCAGGUCACCUAUGAAAUAGAGACCAAUGGGACUUUUGGAAUACAGAAAGUCUCUGUCAGUUUUGAACAAACCAACCUGACUGUGGAGCCAAGCCCUUCUUUACAGCAACACUUCAUCUUUUACUUCAGGCCGUUUCAACAAAGCACAGCUGCUCCUCUUACUGGUCCUAGAAGUGGGAAUCCUGGCUAUAUUGUUGGGAAGCCACUCUUAGCUCUAACUGGUGAUAUAAGUUACUCAAUGACCCUUUUGCAGAGCCAGGGUAAUGGGACUUGCUCUGUUAAGAGACAUGUAGUACAAUUUGGAGUGAAUGCAAUGUCUGGAUGCAAGCUCAGGGUGAAGACAGCGAACUGCAGCCACUUGCAGCAGGAGAUUUAUCAGACUCUCCAUGGAAGUCUGAGACCAGAGCUUAUUGCCAUCUUUGGUAAUGCUGACCCAGCCCAGAAAGAAGGGUGGACUAGGAUCCUCCGCAGGAGCUGCAGUGUUUCAGCUAAAAACUGUACUUCAUGCUGUUUCAUACCAGUUUCCUUGGAGAUUCAGGUAUUAUGGUCAUUUCUAGGCCUCCAGUCCAACCCACAAGCUCAUGUGUCAUCAGCCCGAUUCCUAUACCAAUGCCAAUCUGUAGAGGAUUCCCAAGAAGUACCUUUGACAACUCUUGUGAACUUUGUGGACAUUACCCAGAAGCCAGAGCCUCCAAGGGGCCAACCCAGAAUGGACUGGAAAUUGCCAUUCGACUUCUUUUCCUUCAAAGUGGCAUUCAGCAGAGCAAUAGACUCUCAAAAAAGCUCAGUCCCUCCCAUCCUUAUCCUGUGCCUUUUACUACUUGGAGUUCUCAAUCUAGAGACUAAUUGAAGAAAAGAGAAUAAUCAGAUUUCAGUUUUCCCUAUGGGAAGCUCUGAGGCAGCCUACUUAUCUUGGCUAAACAGAUUCUCACCUGCUUAUAACCAGAGGAAAGCAUUUAGGAUAAUAGAAGAUGCAACUGAAGGAAUCUUUGUAUAUGAAAGAAGGUACUUUAGAAAAGCAACAAAAAUAUUUUACUCAUCAUAAGCUCUCUGCUUAGGGCUCUGCAGGCAACAUGGUACAAAUUAGGUUCUCUGUUUCUUAAGCCAGGAAGGCAAAGAGGUUUCCUCCAGCCCUUCUGGUUGUGUUAUGCCUAACUUAAGGUUUACAAGAUCUUCAUCCAUCUGCCCUAGGCACAGGUGGGCACAGGAGAAGGAGGAACAUGCUGCCACUGUCCUCUGGAUUUAAGAAGAACUAACUGUUUAGAACAGAAAACUUCUGGCUGUAUAUUAUGUCUGGUUUCUUUGCCAAAGUCUGGCCACACCGUUUGCCCUGACAUGAGUGAGGAAAGCAAUUUUUUAUACUCAGUUUCUAAAAUAAAUGUGGAAUCCCAGCUCCCUUUUCUACCA